AGAGGCAAGAUCACAAAAUAUUAUCAUACGUGUUGUACACGAGAGCAUUGGCACGCCGGUUUACAGCCACCGUAUGGCAUAUCACGAAUAAACAAAUGAUAAUUCACUUUUACUAGCCACGUUCCAAGGCUGCAGAAUGGUUAUCAAGAGCCCCUUUACAAAAUGGUCAGCUUAUCACCUACCGGUACCAUCCCAGGCGCCUUUCCAAUCUCUGCAAAUGGUCCCGGAAGUAAGGAACGAUUCACAGGAGUCAGCUACAACGUUGUGAAAGUUCAACCAUUCUAUCGUGAGUGUGUGAUUGCCUUCCAAACUGGUAACGAUUCCAGAAUGAGUCCGGUUUACGUUAAGAUGCGAUUAAACUGACCCGAUGCUCACAACUUCCAAUAACGUGACCUGGAACGGAGAGAAAUUUCCUCAAGAAGCAUCAGUCACAGUUUCACGCGCCGUACAGAAACAUUUCUAUUAAGAAGAUGAAGUUGUUUAUAAACGUGAUCCUCAGUGUUGUGUUUGCGGGGAUUGGGACACAGGUAGAAUGUGCAAACAUUCUCGUGCUAAUGAGUGUAGUGUCCAAGAGUCAUUUCAUAUGGAUACGACCCAUAGUGAACCGUUUGGGUGAAGAAGGCCACAAUGUGACAGUGCUUUCGGUUAAUGUGGAUACAAGUGCUCCAAAAAAUGUCACCUACAUCCAUCUGGAAAACAGUUAUAACACGCUGUACGGUAAUGGAACGUUGGCUCGAAACGAUAUAUUAAAACGAUCGAAUGAAUCACCAUUGGCAGCCACCAUGUCCUUUUAUCGAUUUGGAUUGCUUGGCUGUGAAGGUGCAAUAUCCUCAAAAGGACUACAGCAGCUACUUCAAUACCCAUCAAACUUCCGGUUCGAUCUCCUCAUCUACGACUUCACCUGUGGUCCAUGUUUGCUGGGAUUGCUGGAAAAAUUCCACUACCCACCGCUAGUCAGCGUGACCGGAUUCGGAGUGCCUCAGUUUACCGAGCGUCUUGUCGGCGGACAUAAGGACACCUCUUACAUACCUCAUUUCACGCAGCUUACCGACAAUCCGAUCCCAUUUACCCAACGUUUCACCAACACUCUUGUCCAUCUGUUUGAUGCCCUUUACCGACGGUUUGUCUUUUUGCCACAAUUGACACGAACCGCUCAACAAGCGUUUGACUUUCCGCUGCCCGAUCUAACCGAACUGGAGCAAAGGACACUCGUUAUGCUUACCAAUGCAAACCCGGCCCUCGACCCACCGGAAAGCAUGCCACCGAACGUGAUUCCUGUAGGUGGGUUACAAAUUAUCGAUCCAAACCCCUUACCACCAGAGCUGCACGCGUUCAUUACGAACGCUCCGAAAGGGGCCGUACUGUUCGCGAUGGGAACUAACUUUAAAAGCAAAAUGUUUACAACCGAACGGCAAGCAAUGUUUCUGGAAGCGUUCGCACUCUUCCCCGAGUAUCACAUCUUGUGGAAGUUUGAUGACGAUCAGCUUCCGAGUCAGGCGAGCUCGAACGUGAUGGUACGGCCAUGGUUGCCACAGAAUGAUAUUCUUGCACAUCCAAACGUAAAGGCAUUCAUCUCACACUGUGGACUUAUGAGCACACAGGAGGCAACGUAUCAUGCCGUCCCGAUGGUUGGAAUUCCGAUAUACGUGGAUCAACAUCUUAAUCUCCAUCGGACCAUCCAGGCCGGUGCUGGAGUUCGGCUAGACUUAGUUAGCCUCUCCACCGCUGGAAUCGUGGCCGCAUUGAAGGAAGUACUGGAGAACGAAUCGUAUCAACUGGCGAUCGAUAAACGAUCAGCAUUGUUUCGUGAUCAACCCGAAAAACCACUGAAGCGUGCCAUCUGGUGGAUAGAGUGGGCACUCAGACACCCGCAAGAAGAUCGACUUCGCUCAAGCACGGUUAAGAUGGGCAAGCUUGCCGCCUAUGGGUACGAUGUGGCCGGAUCCGUCUUGCUACUUGUUGGAGGUUUGCUCGCAGCGACGUGGAAAACGUUUUCGCACAUGUGUCACCAACCGAGCACGAAACGCAAAGAGAAACUAAAAUAGUUUUAACGAG